AUGACACCGACACCAGUGGGCGAUGGUGCGAAAGGUACCACCCACACCGUUUAUGAAAUGGGAUCGACAGCCACCUCUACAAUGUCGCUGUCAACGACGGCAGAUAGCACCAGAAGAAAUUCCGACGAACUGGAUGACCUUCCUGAUUCAAAAGAUGUUACCGACCUGCACAAAGUUCCCACAACCCGGACUCGCCGGGGUUCGCACAUGGGAGAAGCACUUGAGAACUUAGCCAGCAGUUUAAGUCAUCAUCACGACGGCCAACUAGAAUUGGAGGCCGUGCCGUCGCGGCGAAGCGAGCGCAGUACUCGCCGCUCUUUCCGACACACGUCGCCGAGAAGAAUGCCCGAUCUCGCUGAGGAGGCUGGCUCCCCAAGUGAGGCCAAAUACCAAGGGAUUCCUCCUGAGAUUGGUAGCUUCACAGCCGAAGUCAUUUUCGUCUUUGUGUGCUCCGCUGGCCUAAUGCUAUUCUCCUUUCUACUUGGUGAUAUUACGGUGAAUCAAGAAGAAUUCAAGCGCUCUCUGGGUAUCAGCAAUAGUGAACUUCCCUGGCUAUUGGGAGCUUAUACUACGCCACUCUCUCUUUCCGUCGUUAUAUCAGGCUCACUGAGCGACUUGGCUCCACCGAGAAUGAUCAUGGUCUGCGCAUUCGCGUGGCUUCUUGUCUGGAAUAUCGUUGGCGUUUUCGCCACCGAAAAGGCGAUUCUAUUCUAUAUCGUCAGAGCGAUGCAGGGGCUAGCCAUUGGGGUUUUAGUUUCCGGCUCAAUGAGUAUACUCGGUCGAGUUUAUAAGCCAGGCCGUCGCAAGAACCAGGUAUUCUCUGCUAUGUCAGCCACUGCACCCUUUGGGUUUUGGCUCGGUGGUAUUCAGGGCGGAGCGUUGAAGUCUUACCUAUAUUGGAUUUUUGGCUCAAACGCCAUCCUUUCUGGAAUCUGCCUUGUCGCGGCUUACACGACAAUCCCUCCACUUCGUCCUGUGGCUGAUAUCACCGGCACGGAUGCACCGACAAUUCGAGACUUUGACUUUAUAGGCGCCGGGUUUGCAGUGACCGGCUGCAUCUGCCUUCUAUUCGGCCUGACACAAGGAUCCGUUGUACAAUGGAGCCCAUACACAUAUGCCCUCGUGGUGGUCGGGAUUCUGUUGUUGAUCGCAUUCUUUUUCGUGGAACGUUGGGUUUCACGACCACUGAUUCCUAAUAGCCUAUGGAAAACAAAGGGCUUUACUCCUCUCAUGGUGGCAUACUUUCUCGGCUAUGGCGCCUUCUCUGGAGCCUGGCAAUUCUACGCGGUCCAGUUCUGGCUACGCAUCCAGAACCACGAGCCUCUCACGGUUGCAUUAUAUCUCCUUCCAAAUGCGAUAGUAGGAGUUCUAGCCACGUGGCUAGUCAGUAAGACUCUUCACAUCAUUCCUGGCCACUUCAUCUAUCUCACGGCGAUGUUCGCAUUUGCCCUGGGACCGGUAUUUUUCCUACCGCAAACAUCAGGAACGACCUACUGGGCACUAUCGUUCCCGGGAAUCGCGUUAGUGACUUUUGGUCCGGAUCUUUCAUUCGCGGCCGCUUCGAUCUAUAUCACAAGCAACGUGCCACGCUCAUACCAAGGAAGCGCCGGUAGUCUUCUCGUCACGAUGCAGAAUCUGAGUUCUGCCGUAAUGACCGCUGUCGCCGAUGCGGUUGGGACGGGAGUUGACCGGGGGCCAUCUGGCGAUAUUGGCUUAGAAGGAUUGAGAGCGAUUUGGUGGUUUGCUCUCGCAUGUGAGGUUGUCGCUGGUUGUAUUACGUUGUUUUGGGUGCGGAUUCCGAAAGAGGAGGAGAAGGAGCAUGUUACCUGA